ACGUAGCCUUUGCGUGCACGCGCAUUGUUUUCGUAACUCGAUUCCUCUUGAUUUACUGUGAAUUACAGAGGCGUGUUACAUGCACUGUUAGUAUUCUAGGCUGGGGUUGGUUGGUUGGUUAGUGCUGAAAUUGUCAAAGCGGAAGGAAACCGUACAGAAACACGCUGGAAAUCAUCAUUUAGUCAUGUGCCUUAAUUUCAAAUGGUACCAAAACUUAUAAGCAUCGAAGACUCAUGAAGAAAAGUCUCAUAUAAGAACAUUUCAACUUUCUUAGAUGAGAUGGAUAGUUUGGCUGUUCUACAGAGCUCUGCGCUUGUGGCCCCUGUCACUGCUCUGGAGUUUCUUGGAGAUGACUAUUUGUUAACCGGUGAGGGCCCCAUCCUGUCCAUCUAUUCUCUCCAAGCUUCACCCGCACAAUGUGCGUCACUUAGUCUUCUCCAUAACUGCCGUAUACAUGGAAUAAGGCCCAAGCUGCUAAAUAAUGAUGGUCACAUCUCUGUUCCUGAACUAGUGGAACUAGUCAUUUUUGGCGGGAAAACAGUACGUCUUAUUAACGUCAGGCCUAAUGGUCUUAGUUUGGAGGUAGCGGGCCCUCUUUUGGAGCUCCAGGAUUGGGUGCUAGAUGUUUCUUGGUUAAGAGGAGAGACCAGAUCAUUAUUAGGCAUAUGUCUGGCUCACAACGCUGUGCUUCUUUUAGAGCCACAAUCUGGAAACAUCAUUUCUCUCUGUUCUUGUGUAGAGGUGUGCCUUCUUUACUCUGCACUUUUGAUUGGUCCAAGCUGGGAAACAUCAGUGCUGGUGGGAGGGACUGUCUUCAACCAGCUGGUCCUGUGGAGACCUGGAGGGACCAAAGGAGUCAGCCAGUCCCAGGUAGAAAGACGGAUGCUUGGGCACAGUGGUGUGAUUUUCAACCUGUGCUACCUCCAGAGUUCCAGAUGGUUGGCUUCUGCCUCAGACGAUCGUAGUGUUCGUGUCUGGGAUGUUGGUGUGCUGGGCGCAGAUGGAGGGUGCGGAAUAGAAUCACCUACAUGUCUGCGAGUUCUCUAUGGCCACCAGGCUCGUGUUUUCUGUGUCAGACUCUCACCUGGCUAUGUGUUCAGUGCUGGAGAAGAUGGUGCUUGCUUACUAUGGGAUUGGGAAGGGAAUGGGAGGGUGGGUCGAACUUUAAGGGGCCAUAGAGCUGGUGGCAUUAGAGCACUAGCUGUGAGUAAAGGGGGUGGAUGGGUGGCUACAGGAGGGGCUGAUGGGGGAAUACAGGCAUGGAGAGUUUUGGAGGGAACCAGACAGACAAAGCAAAGCAAAGAGGGAGAUGGCCAGAUUGAUUUAGGUUUCUGUGGGCAAGGUUGUCCUAAGGUUGUGCAUUCAGUAGGAGGUUGCGAUGCUGUGAUAGUUUGCACUGAUCAUGGUGAAGUGUUUUUACAUCAGGAUGAAUCGUGGAAGGCAGUUUGGAAUGGUGGUCCAGAAUUUAAGUCUUAUUGUGUAAUGGAAGUAGCACAUGUCCACUUCCAGGAUGCUUUUUUGUUUUUAUGUGCAGUAGGUAAUCUUAAUGGAGGGAUUCGGGUGUUUGUUCUACACUAUCCGAAUUCAGGUGUAUUACUGCAAGCAGGCAAGGGGAAGGUUCACACUUUGAAAUGGGUAGAAGGGGAUCAUUUGUGCCUACUGGCUUCUGCUGCUGAAGGACUGGUAUAUAGAUGGACAGUAGAGGUGGAGAGGAUAGAUUCCGGCCUGGGUUUAAGAUUGAAGGAGUUAAAGUCUUUCCUGUUGCCACCCUGUGCCAAGAGAUGGCUCACUGCUACAGUCAGGCUGCCACAUGGAAACGGGUCAUUGUGGGUAUGUGGAGACCGCCGUGGUUCACUGCUGCUCUACAGAGAGGGGGAAUUAGAUGAAGUGAGUGAAGUGGGUAGAGAGAACAGAGAAGAAGGGACUGAGGAAGAGCAGGGAUUUUGGAAGAAUGAGAACAGUUGGCCCGAGUGUGCUGUGAAGGACUUUGCUGCUCCCAUUUCCCCUGUCAACACAUUGUUUGGUGUCCAUGGGAAGCAAGGCGUGACAAGUGUAUGCGAGCAUCAUGGUUUGUUUUAUAGCACCGGUCGGGAUGGAUGUGUGCGGGUUCUGACAGUAUGCAAGAACACUCUAAAGGUGCGGCGUGUUCAUCGUGCCAGCAAAGGAAUGGAGUGGCUAGAAAAGGUCCUCUUCUUGGGUUCUGAUAUAUCUGAAGGAGUUGGCAGUAAAGACAGAGAUGGUUUGAACGAUGAAACAGAAUUAAAGAAGUCCAUGGAAAACAAAUUGGAAGAUAGUGGGAAUGAAAGUGUUGCAGAGGCUCAUUUUGUAAUGGUUGGCUUCCACUCUGACCAGUUUGUUUUGUGGGAUCCAUUAAGACGAGAGAAACUUUUCUCAGCUCCAUGUGGAGGAGGACACAGGUCCUGGGCUUACAUUUCCCCUUCUCACACUCAAACACUGCCAUCCUCAGACAGUCUCAGAGAGGGUACACUCAUUUUCCUCAAGCAAGGAGCUGUCAUGAUUUCUCGUUCCUUGACUUCCACAACAACGCAGGUAAGAGGACACACCCUGAAGGAUGGACUUCAUGGCCGAGGCCUGAGUUGCAUCUCCCACCUUGGUAGUAUUUCCAGAGGCAGAGCAUCAUCUGAAGAAUGGGAGGUGCUAGUUACCGGUGGCGAGGACACCACAGUGACAGUGCUUGCAGUUGAACCUGGACAUGGCACGGUGAAAGUGCUCACUGUUUUAGCUGACCACAUUUCAAACGUUCGGACACUGACUGCAGUCCAAAGACGAGAAGGAAACACUGACAGGAGGACAAAUACAUCAUCUUCAUUUUCAACACUACUUUUUUCUGCUGGUGGGAGGGCUCAACUACAGUGCUACCGGCUCCUGAUUAGUUGGGAUGAGCAAAAGAACUUCCCUAACUGUCAGGUUACUCAGGUUGCUGGUCACAGAUUGGAUGAGCACUGGGAGAAAAGACGGAAUCGCCACAAGACUGUAAAAAUGGACCCUGAGACAAGGUACAUGUCAAUGGCUCUGGUGCAGGAAAGCAUAGAGGAGAUUCUCCUGGCACUCGCCUGCAGCGACGGAGCAGUAAGGAUUUUCUCUGUGGGAGAAGACAGCAGGAAGGUUGAGCUGCUCUGGGAGAAUUUUUACCAUCAGCGGUGUGUGCUUACUGUUGCUUCUGAUAGCUUUGAAGACCCUCAGGGCAAGCAGCACGUGUUGUUGUUUAGCGGGGCUACAGAUGGUGCUCUAGCUCUGUGGGAUCUGACUACAGUGUUGGACAGUAAAUCCAAGGACAGCUGGCACGGUCCAUCAGCUCCUUGCUUCUCUCUCCCAGUUCAUCAAAGUGGAGUAAACACCCUUGUAAUAUCUAAUAAAGAGAGACAAACGGACAAAGACAUCAUUACGGUGGCUAGUGGUGGAGACGAUGGUCAGCUGUCAGUAAUGAGGAUUCGAGUGAAGCUUCAUCAAAAGGUUGUGCUUCCAGAGCUUCUCUCUCAUUGGACUGUAGCGCUAGCACACUCUGCCCCUCUAACAGCUCUAAGUGCUUAUAACUGUGCAACAUUGGUGUCCACGUCUCCAGACCAGCGCGUGUGUGUGUGGCGUGUGUGUUGCGAUGGAAUUAGGCACUUAGUGACAAAGUUCUCACACACAGCAGAUGCUGCAGGCCUGUGUACCUGGCACAAGGAAGGGUCAAAGUUACAGAGCGGAGACUAUGUGGUGCUUUGUGGGCAGGGUUUGCAACUCUUGAAGUUAACAGAAGGGAAAGACUCUGAGGGAAUAAUAAAGGAAGAGGAACGACAGAAAGUAAUAUUUGCAGACUAAGCAGCAGUAGAAGCUGUUCAAAUAUUAUAUACUUGAUUCAGAGGAAUGACCAAAGCUCAGUGCAGACUGACUUUUGUUGUACAUUUGAACAUUAAAAAUAAAAAAGUUUUUAAUUUAUGA